AUGGUCGCCACGAACGGCCUCAAAGUCGCCUCGCCGCUCUCGCUGGGCCCUGGCCGCAUCGGUCGGGAAAACGCAUGCAUCAUCGCCCUUGCCCGCAACUCCGACAAAGAUGGCAUCUUGAAAACUCUGCGAACCUUCGAGCCCACUUUCAACGCUCGCCACCGGUACCCGUAUAUCUUCUUUAAUCACGAGCCAUUCAACCAAGAGUUCAAGGACGCCAUCCUCGGUGCGACGAAUGCAUCAGUCCGGUUUGAGGUCAUCACCGAGGCCCAUUGGUCCAUUCCGCGUGCCUUCAGCCGAAAGGAAGUGGAGGCGUCCAUCAAGGAGCAGUCCAAGAAGGACGUCAAUGGUGGGAAAGAGAGCUAUCACCACAUGUGUCGCUUCUACUCUGGGUUCUUUGCCCAGCAGGAGGCCCUCAAGGACUUCAAAUAUUACUGGAGGAUCGAGCCCGACGUGAGCUUUUACUGCAAACUCAAUUACGAUCCAUUUGAGCUGAUGCGCACUCACAAGAAGCGCUACGGCUUCAACAUUAUGGCAGAAGAGACCGAGACAACCAUACCCACCCUCUGGAACGCGACACUGGACUACAUGUACAACCGCAAAAUGGCCUUCCCGCCUCACCUCAAAGCCUUUGAGAAGCCCAAGGACAAGAUCGAUUCCAAGUCCGAAUACAAUCUGGCGCACUUCUGGUCCAACUUUGAGAUCGGCGACUUGGACUUUUUCAGAUCCAGCGAUUAUCUCGACUACUUUGACUAUCUCGACAAGCGAGGCGGGUUCUUCUUCGAGCGCUGGGGCGACGCCCCCGUUCAUUCGUUGGCGGUCGGCUUAUUCAUGGAUCCGACCGAAGUUCACUAUUUUUACGAUAUUGGCUACGAGCACAGCGGAUUCGCGCACUGUCCUGUCAAUGUCCCUUCAGUCGGGGUUUACUUUGACUCGUGUGAAUGCAACCAUUUCCACACCAAGGAGGACUGGAUGGUCUCGGUCGACCAUCAUUUCUGGAACUUGGUCUACAAAGACUACCUCGCCUUCUUGGACAAGCAUAGCCUCGAGCUCGCAAAGAAUAAGCCAGCGAGUCGCCAAUGAGAGCUGGUGGCGAUAGACUUCAACCCCUGCCUCUGAUCGGCAUAUUCUGCUCGCGAUGAGUGAUUCUUUGUUUGGUUGGCGAUUGUCAGCCCUGACGCAAUACGGGCCAAGCAACUGUAUCUCUGCCAAGCUUUCUAUUUUGGCCACAUGCCUAUGUCCG